AUGACCACGAAAAGAAAACCUGGUGGCGACUUGCCAGAUCGUCCUGUCAAACGCCAACGAGCCGCAGACCAGAAGUUUCAUCCUAACGAUACAGCCGCACCCAACGGCUCUAUCAUCUGUCAUGGUGUCUUAUCUUCCUUAUACCCUAAAGUCCUUCCAUUCAGACAGUUCCUUCUGAAGAGUCUUCCAGCUACAUCCCGUGUUCGGCGGCGGAAGGUGACUUGUUUUGGGCGAGACGAAGCAAAUCACCUCCUUGAUACUUGCUUGGUGGGUGUCUUGAAAGAAGCUUCAAUAGAAAUCAAGAAGUCGCGUAAAACCGACUUCGCUACAUUCACUCAGACCCAACACCGAGCCACAGGCACCGGUACUGGCCGAGCACAGCUAUGCUGUAUGAGCGAAAUUAUCGACUUUGUCAUUUGGUCGCUGUUCAAGGGCCGGUCAACUGCUGGUACCAGGCCUCACCAUAUUCUGUGCCAUGGCCUGCAACGAGCUACUGCGGCCCAAGCCCCAGGAAUCGAGGGAAUUGAGACCACUUUGCUUCCCGGAAUUGUUCGACAUCAUCCUAACGCUAAUCUGGAGCAGCUGAGAUCCAGCCCUUGGUCCGAUAUUCUACCACUUUUGGGCGAAGAUGGUGAAGUCAUAAUUUCAAGUUUGCUUCUGGACUGUGGUGUCUUCACACGGCUGCCCUCUGGCAAAGACAGCUACUUUCAGCUCAGUGGAAUUCCCAUCUCGGAGUUGCCAUCACCUCGUUCCUCGCGACCAAGCUUUGUCCUCUCGACUCCGGCCACCCAGAAGCAGAACCUCCAGCCUUCAAGCGUUCGAUUUGUGAGGAAUCGCAUACUCUAUGCAAAACCCUCCUUGAAUUGCGAUGGAAAAGUGAAGGUCGGCUUGCCUCACGCUCAUGUCCUUCAGAGAUAUCCCGAUGCCGCACGACGAGAUCACACUGUCCACGUCCUAAAGUACAUCUUCCCACGUCAAUGCCAUUUACACAACGUUUUCACCUCAAGAGUCGACUCAACUGAGACUGCGCAGCCAUUCAAAGACUACACUUUUCGGGAACAGGAAAUUCACGCCCAGCAGAAACCGUCCUCUACAUGGGUCCCGAGGAGAUUGCGUGGCGAGGCUUUUCAGCUUGUUCAGAAGAUCCAACGGCGUCAAAAUCGUUGUUCGUAUGACCAACAUCUCAGGUAUUACUGUUCAAUCGGUCAUGCGCCGAUAGCAGUCCCACGGAGAUCGAUGUUGAAUCAGUUCCGACAUCCUACAUCUAGCCCCCUGCGACUGGUAACUCAAGCUCCCUUCUCGGGCUCGUCGGAGAAGGGCCGUCGGUCUCAAAUUGUUCAGGGCGAGUCUGAAACCUCGUUCCUCCCUUAUGCCACUCCAGCGGCAAUAGUGUCAGCGUUCUGCCGAUCAGUGCUUGCGCAAAUACUACCCAGAGAUGCCUUUGGGGCAGGGCCAGAAGGGCGCCACAAUUAUGAUGUGAUCAUGGCAAAAUUCGACGAGUUCAUUCAAAUGCGACGAUUCGAAAGUAUGACGCUACAUAACGUUGUUCAAGGUAUCCGUCUCAAGCCGAUCAGCUGGCUUUCACUGCCUGGAAAGCUCGACCAGAAGAUGUCUAGAUUGGAUCAUAGCAAGCGUCUCGAAAUAUUGUACGAAUUUGUUUAUUACAUCUUCGACUCUCUGCUGAUCCCAUUGAUUCGGAACAACUUCUAUGUGACGGAAAGUUCGACGGACCGAAACCGCUUGUUUUAUUUUCGGCACGAUGUCUGGCGAAAACUAUCGGGUCCCAGUUUUGCGACUCUGAAAUCCAAUAUGUACAUCGCAGUCAAUCCCAGCCAAGUGCGCCAAACACUACGAUCAAGGAGCUUGGCUUAUAGCCACCUGCGACUUCUUCCCAAGGCUGCGGGUUCGAGACCCAUCACGAAUCUCAAACGUCGACAACCAAAGUUAGUUUCGGGAAAAAGGGUUUUAGGCAGCAGUAUCAAUGCUCAACUUAGUACCUUGUUCAGCGUCCUGAGUUUCGAGCGCGUGCGCGAUGCCUCGCCGCUGGGGUCCGCUCUGCUCUCGGUUGGCGAUCUUCAUGACCGACUAGUACGGUUCAAGAGCACGAUUCCCACAGGUGCGCGGCUGUACUUCACCAAGGUCGAUAUCAAAUCUUGUUUUGACAGCAUACCACAGGGACAUUUGCUGAAAAUUGCACGAUGUCUACUUGGAGAACCGUCGUACAGGACGACGAAAUACACCGAGGUGAAACAUGUGGAUGAUGGAGGCCGCAAUGACAAGAAUCGACUCAGACGUCGGUAUAUUGGGGCAGCCCGGCCCACUGACGGGGGUGCAGUAUUUUCCGAAUCUGUAGCUGCUGAUAUCGCUCUUAGGAAACGCAAAGCCGUGUUUGCAGAUACAGGCAACCACAGGAUCUCGCUCCGGCGAUCACUGUUGCAGCUUCUGCAAGAGCAUGUGAGCAACAACAUAGUGAAGAUUGGCAAAAAGCACUUCAGACAGACAGCAGGCAUUCCCCAAGGUUCCGUACUGAGCAGCCUGCUGUGCAGCUACUUCUAUGGGGCUUUUGAAAGAAACGAACUGAGCUUUCUGGAUGCGCGAUCCAGUUUGCUCUUGCGGCUCAUUGACGACUUUCUCCUUGUCACGACCGAAGAAGGGGUUGCGCGACAGUUCCUUGAUGUGAUGGCUCGAGGCAACGAAACAUAUGGCAUAAUGGUCAAUGCCGAGAAAUCACUCGCCAAUUUUGACAUCUCAAUACACGGUCGGAAAGUCCCUCGGAUCCAUGGCAGCAGUUUUUUCCCUUACUGCGGGAUGGGCAUCGAGAUGAGGACACUGGAGAUGGGCAAGGACCGGGAGAAGAAGGAUGCAUAUAUCAGUAACGCAUUGACCGUGGAGACCUGUGCGAGACCUGGAGCAACAUUGAGGCGAAAGAUUCUCGGCUCUUUGAAGCUGCAGAUGCACAGCAUGCUGUUGGACAUGUCUUUAAACAGUCGCCAACAAGUCAUCGCGACUCUACUGGGGAAUUUCACGGAGGCAGGCAUGAAAUUGCAUCGAUACAUCGCCAGUCUACCACGACACAAGCGACCUUCGCAAGACAUGAUGAGAAACUUGGUGGACGACUUGGUGUCAACGAGCACAAAGCUUUGUCGGGUGAAGAACAGCAACAAGGAACACAUCAGCAAGUCUCAAAUGUAUUGGAUUGCGGCCUCUACAUUCGAGCGAGUGUUGAUGCGCAAACAAAGUCAGUACCGAGAGCUUCUGGUUUGGUUGAGGUCAUUGAGUGGAAGAAAUGCCCCAAGGAUGAACUUGCCGCCGGUCACACUGGAAGAGAUGCUGCAGCAGACCGAAAAGGCGUUUCGUGGAUACGUGUAUUGA